CAUUAAACGGUGUUUCGUUUAAGCAGGUAAAAGAUUGUCCUUUUUACUUAAAAUUAGAUAAAAUUGUGAGCUUAUCAACUGGAUUCUUGCAUACACAGCCAAUGAUGUCGCACUCGGGUGUUCUUAAUGAUGUAGACCGAUAUAACAACGUUUUACAAAUCGUAAUGCGAUGUUGCGUAAAAAUCAAAAGAAAACUGUUAUCAACAUUUGCUUGUUCACUUGGAUACACGUCUAUUGACCAGUUCCUUGUGAAUGAAAAAUAUGUUAUUCUUAAAAUGCCAUUUGCGUCCUCACAACAAAGCCAAGACCUCUUAUAUCCACAGCCGUCGGGCUCCCCGACAAAUAUUGAUCAAUGGGACAUGUCUCUUUUGAACUGCGUUUUUACCCAUAUUCAAAGAAAGAUUAUUAUCAGAGAAAUAAAUAACCCCAUAGAUGAUGAACUUAAAACUCACAAAGUAAAGGUUCUUGCGACCUCUGUCGGUCAGACAAAUGAAUACAAGCUUUAUCCUAAGUCAGGAAAGCCAACGGACUUAGAAGGAUGGACGAUGCCAAUUUGCUCAUGUCUUUUAUCUGUUCUUUUUCCAAGACCCCAGCCACUGAUUGUUCAUUUGGCACAGUUGUUCAAUGGUAUACGAGAAGUAAGGAAUGAUCUUUGUCAUACUGAAAGGGCCGAGAUGUCAAUACCUGAUUAUAAUAAAUCUUUGACAAUGCUUUCCUCAUUUAUUGAGACUGGUCUUCGCUUCAUCGAUGAUUGUCACUUCAGCAACGAAAUGAGGCAAUCUUAUGAGGACAUAAUUAAUGGAAAAAUGAACAGUUUUCUAUUAGAGGACCAUAGAUAUCUGAAAAAGUCUUACGACCGAGACGAGGAAUUCACCAAAAGAUUGGAAAAUAUAGAAAAGGAAGUGAAAGAACUGAAAGAGACAUUUCAAAAUGGCAAUGGAAUUUUGACGCUGCGGAUUUUUUUCGCAAAUUUGAGCGAUGAACAGAAACAUCUCCUCUAUUCAACGUACUUGGAAUCCUUUUUGAAACGUUUACAAACCAAUACGCCACAGAUUGAGGAUAAGGAAAACGAACAUUUGAAAUUGCAAAUAAUUCAUGCUAGCGACCAGGCAUGGGAUAUUUUGAAUAAUCUUUUUGAAGGCAGACAGGUUUUAGCGGCCAAGAAAAAUUGUUUUGAAGUCAAACUAGGUUUUGAUAGCAACUUAUGGAUGUGGAAGUUUAUCAAGGACUACUUAUCAGGACGUUUAGAUACAUUGUUUGAUCCGAUUCAGACUGACCUGAGAAAUAUUGAAGGAUUUGAAAGUACAGAAAUCAGAAUCAUCUUGCCCAAUGUUUUCAACUCUCUGAGAAUAGCAGGUGUGCAGGAUCAAGUGUUCAAAGACAACAUGCUAUACGUUGUUGAAGUCCUGUACCAAUGCUCGCUGUCGGAAAGUCUCCAAUCAAAGGGAAAAGCAGCUCAAAUUGCCAUGGUCAACCAAGGAACACAGACAACAUUCGGAACAACGAUGAGCACAUCAUCACAUGAAGAUGCGGAAAAGGGAACGGAAUAUACGAUGAAGGCAAUGGCAGAACGAAAUAAUGAACAUUGGCUUGGCGAAUUUGGUCCGUCGUUGAAGCAGAAUAAUAAAGACCUUCCAGAAUAUGUAGCUGAAAGUCCUGUGAAUUGCGGGGAGGAGGCGCCUGUUUUGAAACAAGACCCCAGAAUGAAUUUACAAAGUUAUAUUUGUGAGUCCUGCUCAAAAGUACAGAAAAAGGUUCUGAGUAAAUCAUUCUGCACCGAUUGUAAAGAGGCUUUGUGUGAUGAAUGUGCACAAACACAUACAAAAGAACACAAAAUAAUUCCAAAAGGUCGAUUCACGAAGAGCACUGCCGAAUCCAAACUUCAGCUUACCGUUGAAUCACCGAUUCAAAUCAAACGUUCAUCCGACGUAUUUGAUUGCUGGUUAACCGGCAUGGUUCUAUUACCGGAACACAAACUUUUGCUGGCUGACUUUGACAACUCAUCAAUCAAGCUUGUUGAUCUUCAACUUUGCAACGUUAUGUUCGUGUUGAAAUUAUCCGGUAAACCUUGGGACAUGUGUCUUCUUUCCAAUGGUAUGGUGGCUGUGACCAUUCCAAACAAAGCGUAUAUACAGCUUUUGAAAGUUGAUACAGAAGUUUCUUUGGCCAGCACGAUAGUGGUUAAUGGUGACUGCAGAGGAAUAUCUUUUUAUGAGGAUAGUUUGAUAAUUUCAUACCGCAAAGGGGAAGUUGAGAAACUCCAUUUGAAUGGAACAGUUAUCAAGACAUUGAGCAAGAAUAGCAGCGGGAAACCUGCGUUUUCAAGACCAUUCUAUCUGACAGCAGUAUCUGAGAAUCAGGAAGGGGCGAUUUAUGUGUCUGAUCACCUCAAAAACAGCGUUACGAAGUUAGACAUGGAACUAAACAUUCUCCAGAUAUUCUGUCAUAGUGAGUUGAAAAAACCAAUGGGCAUGACAGUAGCUGAUAACUAUUUGCUGAUAUGUGCGAAAAAAACUGGCAAGAUAAUAUGUCUGGAUAUGAGCACGGACACACUUUGUCCGAUUUCAGUGUUAGAAGAAAAGAUACCAGAACCGAUAAAUAUUUGCUUCAGUCCACUUAUUGGCCAGUUGUUUGUUUCCGGUGGAGAGGCGGAUUCGGACAUCAUGAUCAAUGAAGUGCAAGUAUAUAAUGCAUCCUAAAUUGCAUUCACAAACAAGUGCUAAGUGCUAUCUUUGAAUUACGGAUGUUAUUCCUUUUAUUUUGUUGGUGUUCAACCUCAAGCGAAAAGUUGAUAUAUUGAAUACUACAUUAUGACAUUUGGAGAUCUCAAAUACAUCUAAGCACAAGAUGACUGUUAACUAUCAGUACAUUUACUUCUUACUUUGCAUGCCAUUGUGCUGAUUUGUAUUAUCUUGCGAUACAUGGGUGAGAAAAAAACAUGAAUUAUAGUGAGAAACUUAUUGCGAUAAAUGUCAUUAAAAUAACAUUAUUUCAAGGAAUAAAGGCAUUGUUUAAAUGCCUAGGCAGUACACUAUUACGUUAAUACUCCUUUUUAUGUAUUUCUGUUUUGUUAAAGUUGCGUGAAAAAUUGAUAGGUCUAUUGUAUGUUAUAUACAAACAUAAACUUAAUCUAUUUGAACUGAUUGUUUUGACCAAAACAAAAUAAUGACAAUGUAAGCUAAUUUUAUCCUGUGUGAUAUUGUACUAAUUUUUCAUACAUUAUUGUUUAUGUUGGGAUAUGUUCUGAUGCGUUCGAAUGUUAUAAAAAUAGCAAUUUAUGUGAAAUUGCAUUGCCGUGACAAUUUUCGUGUCCUUGCCGUUUCGCCGAUUCAUUCUUGCUUUAACAUACUGUCCUUUAAGUAGCAUAAUUGCAAGUUAUAAAACCGAUCGUAGAAAAUAUUAAACGUAAUUGUUACAUACAUAAAGCAAUCUUUAUGUUAUGAAUUAUCCAUUUUCACUAAUUUUAAAUUCGAAUGGAGAAAUUAUAUUCUUGUUUUUAGAAUUUUAAUUUUGUUACUGCAAGGUCAUCAAUUGGUAAGCACUAAUGCACAGCCUUUUCAGCGACAAAAACGUUUAAAGGUGAUUCAAUAAAUUAUAUUUUGUAUCUUAAAUGUAAAGUGAAACUCUUAUUCAAAAUCAAUUCAUACACCUUUUUAAGAAACAUAAAUUUUGAGUGACAAAACUUUAACUACUUACUUAAUUAUGCAUUUAUGUAAGCAAUUAAGUGCUCAUAACAAAAUUCAAACCGUGUAUUUAAUAGCUGAACACGCAAAGGAUAUUAAAUAAUCGGGGAGAGCUUCACGAUAUUGUGCGAUCUACUUUCGUCUUAUAAGGUAGAAAUACCGUGUUUUCUGCACCCUUCUAUAAAAAAACUCGGUAUUGACAUUUUUUUAACCGUUUUGGUAUGUAAAACAAUUUGAAAAAUUGUGGUCAUUCUUAUUUUGGAGUAAGAGCGCAUCUUUAAAAUUAUAUAUAUUUAAUAUGUAGAAUGAAAUUUGUUAAAAGGUUUGCCAUUUGUAGAAAGACGGUACUGUUCUUUUUUCAAUAUACAAAACGCACUGUCCUGACUAUGAACAGUGAAAAGUGUGUACACCUCGCUCGGACGGCAUUUCUUUCCUUCCAUUUUUUUAAACGUUUUUUAAGUCUCAUUUUGUCUGUUUAUUCUAAACCAUGUUCGUAUAAAUUUGUUUAGAUUAUAUAACAUGUAUAAAAAUGAUUGUCAUAGUCAAGUAGGUGAAUGAAAAAUAAAUACUCAUAUUAAUCUUCCAGGUCAUCUUUCGGAUACUAAAAAUAUUUAGAUGUUCAAAAUGGGGUCUUAAUAAUGAUAUUCCAACAGAACGAAGGUUAUGUGAAUAAAGUCAAUUUGAAUGUACUGAAAAUAAAUAGCAUUUUCAUCUAAUUUGUGAUUUCUGGGAUAAAUCCAAUAAAAAAAUAUUUAAAAAAAUCCUAAUGUUAUCAAGUUGAGAUUGCUCAUGUCAUCAUAUGUUGUGUUUCUACAUAUUUCUAUCGUGCAUUUACUAAAGGAGGUACGACAGGAAGAUCACUAUCCAUAUGAUAUCCAUAUUUUGUAUAUUAUUUCAUUGUGUUUCAUUGUACUGUUUCACAAAAUUGUUUAUUUUUAUAA